AUAUAUCCUUUUUAGUGAAAAUUUCUUAUCGAAGAAAAAUUUUAAAUGCUUAUGUCAAAACAGAUUGUUUUUCGGUCCCAAAAAGAUCACCUAAAAACUAUUCUAAUUUUUUUUUUAACUAUUUGAAAUCGCUUCACUGUGAAAUACUUACAGAACCUAGUUUAAAAAUCGAAGAAAAUUUCUAUUUAAAUCCAUCUUUUAGAUAAAACACCUAUUGGGACAUCUCCAUAGAAAUAUGUUUUUUGAUAUUUAAGCCGAAUAAAUCUAUCAAAAGAGAUCGGCAACCCACUCUUUCCGUUUUAUUUACUUAUAAUUAUUUUUUUUUUUUUUUGUUUUAAUGCAAAUAUAAUCCUAAAUAUAUGAAGCGUCUUAAAAUUUCCACUACAGUGGCAGCACACUUUAACAACAACUUCAAGAACUCCUCCCUGUUGUACAAACUUAUGUCGGCGAGUGCAACAUUUCUCCUCCCGCAACAUGUUGCAUGCGAGAGAAAUAUAAACAACCACGACGUUUUACAAAAUCAAGCCCGCUCACAGCUGCUUAGCGCUCUCGCAACACACAUACACAGCUGUACACAUGUAUCUGAGCGCACGCUCUCAGCAUUUGAACUCUCACUCAACAUGUUUCCAGCGCAACAUCAACACGAUCGUUCGCAUUUACCGAACAUGCUUUUGUUUAGUUUGAAAAAUAACUUGUGAGCGAAAAGUAUGUGUGCAUUAACGCGCAUGUCUGCCACACAAACAACCGCUUAAACCAUAAAAGUGUGAAUUAGUUUAGUGUAAACGCGUCCAAGAAAGAAAAUAAAUAAUUUUUGCGAUUAAUCAUCAUUUAAAGCCGUAAAACUGAAGCUGCAAAAGAAAAUUGAAAAACUCAAAACGACUAAAAAGUCAAAAGAAAGAAAAUGUGACAGCGGUAAUUACGAGUACUAUGGUGAUUUUAACGACGACGACAACGACAACGUACACAAUAACGAUAGCCGUGGCGACGAGGCGGCGCACUUGAUUGACUCGCGAAAGUGCAGCAUUGUUAGUAGCGGCAUGUCCGCCACCACACGCCCGCAGCUCUCACCCGCUACGACACCACUCUACGAUGGCUAUGCGACCAUACGUUCGCGUGGUCUGUAUCGCUCGCGCUCCAUACGUGCUGCCGAGCUGGAAGCUGAACUCAGCGGCGCCGAUACAAAGGUCAGCAAUAGCGCCACAGAUAUGCGCCGCGGCCCAGUUGUAGAGCGACGACGUACACUUUCGCUGAAAAGUGAUUACAGUCAGUGUUCUUGCUGCUCGGGCAAUAGUGGCGUUUGUCAUAAUAUACAACGUUUGGGCCGUGCCAAUAGUGCUAGCAGCAGCGCAAAUACACCGAGCGUGGCUGAGGAAAUCUAUGUAAGUCGUCCGAUUGCGAAAGCUGUCAAAACACCAACGAUCGGCGAACUGGAACCACUAUAUGCCAGCACACAUCUACGGCUCUCCGGUUUUCGACCGCUCUCCGAUGCCUCUUCUUCGUCCGGGGGCGGCGGCAGCAAUGGUGGUGGCAGUAAUGGCGGUGGUUGCCGCGAUAGCGUCAUCGGUUCGACAGGCUCCGGCAGUAUUGCAGUUGAAUAUCAAAAUUUGAAAAAGAACUCGCGUUUUUCACUCGAUUCACUGCAAAGUAGUGCCACGCCAAAGACACCCGAUUACAUCACUGCAGAAGAGGAGAAUAUUUUCUUGUAUACCGCACCCGAUAGUCCAAAGCGUCGUUUGGACAGCACAAGCACGCGUCACUCUUAUGGAGAAUCGGAACGCUGUUACUCGCCAUUAACCACGAAAAACUCAUUCGAAAUGCAAGAGUAUACAGUGCCUAGCAGCCGUACCUCUGGCGACUUUUCACCCUCAAAGCUGCGACGCCUCUCAACACGCAGCAGCACUUCUAACAACAGUUCACAUUACAGUCGCACAAAGUCGCUAAUCGAGAGCUCACGCCCGACCACACUCAUCACAAGCUCCUACCAUCGCAGCGAAAGUGAGAGUCCAACCUAUGCUGGUCGUUCCGCACUCUCACCAAAUGCGCCACCAACACCGGUGCGCCGCGAAAGCCUUUAUGCCAAACCAAAGAUUCAUGCCACAUCCAUGCUAACUGUACCACCACCGUCAACGCAGUUGUCCCAAUCACGCCCGACUAGUCCGUAUCGGAGUCCCUCAAAAUCACCAUUACGCUCGCCCACAACCAGCAAUACCAACUAUGAGCUACCAACGCCUCAACGUAGUGCCAGCGUAGAAAUACUCGAACGUUCUCAUACUAGUCAUUCGCUGAACACCAUCGAUCAGGAUGAUAUACCAGCUGUACCCAGUGCCAUGCCCGUCUUGCAGAAUGCCGUCGAUCGACGUUACCACACAUUGGGUCACAUGCGUGUACAAAGUAUGGGCGCCGGCUUGUAUCGUUCAUAUGAUUCCUCACCAAUGGGUUCUAUGUUGAAUAUGAUGAAUGGCGCUUAUUACUCGGUCUACGCAGGGCGUCAGCAUCAUACUAUGUUGCAAGCAAAUAAAUCCGCGGGUAACAUUUAUGCGUCGGCAGAUGAUGCUGUUGCUGAUCUAAACCGAUUAGCUCCAGAAUAUGUUGAUCCGUUGGAUUUUAAAAUUGGCUGCCAGACGACUUUAAGGAGUAAACCCGUGAUUCCUUGGUAUGAAUUGGCUAUAAAGAAAGACUUUAAGCGACAGUCGUGUCCGCCGAUUACAGGCAGUGGCCUCACAAAUGGUAGCAUAACGCUCAGCAUGAGUCGGAGUACCGAUGAUAAGGCUCAUGUCGUCGCCGCAUUCGAGCAGUCACUCUCCAACAUGACGUCACGCCUACAACAGCUGACUGCUACUGCUGAACGCAAAGAUGGCGAACUAACCGAUAUGCGACAAACUAUUGAAUUGCUACGCAAGCAAUCCAUUCAAGCGGGUCUCACCUCAGCGCACAUGCAGAGUAUGGGCGUACAGACACAGCAACAGCAACAGCAACAACAACAACAGCAGCUUGAGCAGCAACAACUUGCACGUACCGCUAUCACACAACAACCGAUGUCAAAUCAGAAUGGUCCUACUAAUGGUACCGCCUCAUCGACGCCUUCAUCCACCGUCACCGUCGCAGGUGGGGUGAUGCAACGGCAUCACAGUUCAGAUUCGAUGUGCUCACUGAAUUCAAUUAGCUCCGGUUGUUCCGCGCAGGAUAAGAAACAAAAGAAGAAGGGUUGGCUGCGCAGCUCCUUCACGAAAGCGUUCUCACGCAAUGCCAAAAUUUCAAAGACUAGUCGACACGCUGGACAUCAUCAUGUUGGCAGUAAUAACAACAAUAUCGGUAGUCAAGCUGCACACGGCUUGCAUAUCGAUAAUGUCGGUAAUGCAGUUUACAAUAAAUUGAAUGGUCAUAACCAUGCCGAGCCCGUAGUCGGCUUAGCAGCGUUGGCUACACAGCCUGCGCCACCACUGCCCGCUGUUAAUGCGUCACCCACAAAAGGUAGUCCGGCGAAGACUGUAACAUUGAUUGAUAAUGCCAAACCCAUCGACGCAAUCGAUCAUGAAGACCAUCAGGUUGUCGAGGACCUCAAGAAACAAUUACGCGAAAAGGACUUAGUAUUGACCGAUAUACGUUUGGAGGCACUGAGCUCGGCAUCACAGUUAGAGAGUCUCAAGGAGACUGUAAAUAAAAUGCGCGCUGAGAUGAUGUCGCUAAAGCAUAAUAACGAGCGUUUGCAAAAAUUGGUUACCAGUCGUUCGUUAGCUGGCUCUGAGGCAUCGCUGGGUAAUGCCAUAAGCCCGAGCGGCUCCAUAGGUGAAUCACGUCGUUACUCGUUAGCGGACGGCAAUGCGCGUCCUCCAAUGGAGUUGCCAAAACGUCUAGAAGAAGAAGUCGAAGAAGAAAACAUACCGCCGGCUCCGGCACCUGAACCACCACCGCCGCCACUAAGCCCCGCUACCCAUAUCGAUCUGACGCCACCGCCGCCCGCACUCGACACAAUGCCCAGUCCAGCGCACAUCGCAGGUGCGGCAGUAGAGGAGUUGCCCGAUGUCACCGAUGGCAAGAAGAUCGCCAUCGCUUGUUACCUCGGCCAGCCUGAGUCAUUCGUCAAAUACUGCGAAGAGAUGCUUGAAACAGAUGAGUUCUAUGCAAAUGGCGUCGAUGCGGAUGGCAUAAAUGAACGAAAAUCCUUUCCUACAGCCAGUCUGAAUGAGUUUGUCGUCGCCUAUACCUACAUAUCGGGCAAGACAACCUGGCAAAAUUUGGAUUACAUCGUGCGUAAAACGUUCAAGGAUUAUGUGUCGCGUAUUGAUCCCGGUACCAAUUUGGGUUUGAAUACAGACUCCAUUACAUCAUAUCACUUGGGUGAGGCGAAGCGCGGUCCGGAGAUGGGUUUCCCCGAAUUGCUACCCUGCGGCUAUAUUAUUGGCAAUGUACGCACGCUGUAUAUCUGUCUGCAAGGCGUGGGUAGCUUAGCAUUCGAUAGCCUGAUACCACGUAGCAUUGUGCACCGCUACAUAAGCUUACUCACCGAACAUCGGCGCUUAAUCCUGUGCGGUCCAAGUGGCACUGGCAAAUCUUACUUGGCGCGGAGGUUAGCAGAAUUUCUGGUAGCGCGCACCGGACGCGGUAAUCCUUCUGAAGCGAUUGCAACGUUUAACGUCGACCACAAAUCUUCAAAAGAACUGCGUCAAUAUCUAGGCCAUAUUGCGGAGCAAGCCGCCAUUGCGAAUGGCGCUUCCGAACUACCAUCUGUGAUAAUUCUAGAUAAUCUACAUCAUGCAUCCGCUUUGGGCGAUGUGUUCUCCUGCCUCCUGAGCGCUGGUCCGGCUGGAAAAUUGCCUUGCAUAAUUGGUACUAUGUCGCAGGCCACGUGCAAUACAACCAAUCUGCAGCUGCAUCACAAUUUCCGAUGGGUUCUCACUGCCAACCACAUGGAACCGGUGAAAGGUUUCCUUGGCCGCUUUCUGCGUCGUCGUCUCUUCCAACUCGAACUACAAACCGGUCAUCCCCAACCGGAAUUGGCCACUGUACUCGCUUGGUUGCCUAGCGUUUGGCAACAUAUAAAUCGCUUUUUGGAAGCGCACAGUUCCAGUGAUGUCACAAUCGGACCAAGACUCUUUCUCGCCUGUCCAUUGGACUUAAAAGACUCGCAGGUGUGGUUUACAGAUAUUUGGAAUUAUCAUCUUUCACCCUACCUGGUUGAAGCGGUGCGUGAGGGUGUACAGUUAUAUGGACGACGUGGUGGUGCAUGGAAUGAUCCAUCCAUUUUCAUACGCAAUUCAUAUCCAUGGCCAUAUGGACCAGACUCAGUGCCACCGUUGAGACAGAUAAACGCAGAGGAUGUAGGUCUGGAGGGUGUGACGGUCAGUAGUGGCGACAAUCCAGAUCCACUGUUAAACAUGCUCAUGCGGCUACAGGAGGCUGCCAAUUACUCAGAGAAUCAGGAUCAGGAGAGCGAUUGCGCAAGUUUAGACUCAAAUGUGACGCCAGAUAGUUCGGCUGGAGCGGAGUAAAUUAUGUAAAGAAAGAGCUUUGAGUCCAAAAUAAAACUAAUCAAAAAAUAAAUAAAUAAAUAAAAUACCAACUUACCUAUGUUUAUAACUAGCACUAAACGACAGACAUACCUACAUAUUCGCUUAAAAUCAAAAAUUCAUAUGCAUGGCUUUGUAAGUACUUUUAUGUGUGUGUUUGUUUCUUUGUCUGAUUGUAUGUAUCAUAAUGAGAUAUGUACAUAUAUAAAUGAACAUUUUGUAAAUGCUCAACAUUAAAGUGAACUUUGUUUAGGGAAUUCAAAACUGACUCUGGUGGCAAUUUUAUGUUUUUACCAAAAGAAAAAAAAACAAUAUUUUUUUAAUAUUUGGAGCAAUUUUUUAAAUGGCUCAGCUCAUAUUGAAGCAAUGAAAUCUGGACGAGAGCAUGAUUUAAAUCUGGUUUCUAUGAUUUAACAUUAUGCCUUAACGUUGUAACGUUGUCUGUUAACGGUUUAACAUUGUCUGUUAAUGAUUUAACAUUAACGACAGUUUUUCGUUUCGGUAAAAAACGAAUUCAACUUUAUUUUGGUAACUACUUUGAGAGGCUCAACCAGUGUGAGAGCAAAAAAAUGUGAUUUUAGGAAAUUUUUUUUAAGAAAAUUUCUUCAUUUCCGUCUUCAGGGUAGUUGAAAUGAAAAAAAUUAAACAAAAAAAAGGCAUUGAAGAAGAUUGUACGAACAAUAAAGUGAAACAAAAAAGUUAAAUCCAAAAAAAAAUGUGAAAAUUUAGCUCAAAAAUCUGACGGUAUUUUUCAUGCCAAAUUUACAACUUUAAUCGAAUUAAAAUAUUCUACGGUCACUUUAUGCCUGAAAUCGAUCAGAUGAUUAGUUUUUAAACUACAAUGACAGCAAAUUUCGGAAACACUGUUUCGAGUAAAACGUGGUUUACAAAAAAAUCUUACACUUAAACUUGCAUGACUGCUCUCACGGGUUUUGGAAUUACUCCGAAACCAUUACAGUUACGCAUCCGGGGUCGAAGUAAGCUAUGGGAGAAUGUAAAAAAAAUCGAUUUUUUGAAAGUGUCACACUCGUUGAGAGCCUUAACGAAACCUAAGCAGUUGAUAUUUUUCAUUUAAUAUCAAAUUUUUCGUACGAUGCAACUUUGAUAUUUUGCAGACAAAAAUAAAUAUUAUUGACAACUGCAAAAUCAAUCAGUUUUUAGUCAAUAUUUCAAUGCAAACUAUUUUAUGAUAACAACAAGAAAAACUACAAUAACUGUGGAGCUACAAAAAUAUAUAUUUUUAUCACAAUAGCUUUGAUUAUUUUUUUUUUGUAAUAAUUUCUACCAAAAAAGCCCGAAGUGAGUAAUACACAAGUCAUAAUCUAGCAUCUCUUAAUUUCACUGAAUUACAUUUGAUUUUUUAUUGUUUUCCUUGUUAAUUAAUUUUUUUUUUUUUUUGUACGAAUAAAAUUUCUUGCACUACUUUCAAAACACAAUCGCACACGAUUUACUAAGAAAGCAGUUACAUUUAAGAAAAUUUUAUUUGUCACGACUGCAAGGCGGCACACUGAUCCGGAAAAUUAAGGGUAUUCUUAAAGUAAAAAAAAGCAAAAAAAAGACUAUAAAAAAUUAGAUGCUUUUUAUAGAUAUUACCAUUUCCAUAAGUAAAGUAAACUAAAAAUUGCACUUUUAAAUGCACUUGUUAAAAAUGCAAAUUAUGAAAAAAUCAAAAAAAUACGCUGCCAAAUAUUUUUUUAUAAUUUCGAAAUUAUUUUCUCACUUCUUGGCUUUAUCUCUUGCAAUAAAUUAUUUUAAUUAUAGAUUACAUAUUUAAAAUUUUUUUUUGAAAGUUUCA